AAGGGGAGUGUGUAAUAGCGAGUGUGUCCGGGAGUGAGUAGUGGUGUGCGUUGGUGGUAUUGGCUGGCUGGCUGGCUGGCUGGGCGGUGUGGUUCCUGGUAUGUUGUGCUGACUAGGGUGUGUAUAAAACUUGGUGCAUUGAAACAGAAUGGCUUUUAAGACCUGAAAAUGCUAGAAAAACAUACUAGUAAUGUCGAUAUAUAGUAACACACGCGAUCUUAACAUAAAAAUUGAUAUUGAACUGAAAUUGAUCUUAAAAAAUGAAUGAAUUGGUAUAACAAAACGUAAACUGAAGUGAAAUGAAGAGAAAUGGAUAAGAAGUAAUAGAUAAAAGACAAAACUGUAACCUGUAGUUGAUCGAGUGGUGGAAAAGAAUAUUUAAUGAAAAAAUACUAGUUUCUACUGGACCGGGCGAGCUUGUGGGAUUAGCAUUGCGUGGCGUGGGAGUAGUAGAGAAGGAAGGGACAGUGACGCAACGAGCUCUGGAAUACGGGGAGUGUAAUGCCUGCUGGCGGUAAGGUGUGUGAAGUAUCCGGUACGAGAGGUUCGGCCAUGAGAUGACGGGGCCCGUGGGAGACCGGGAGUCUGGCGCGGGAGGCGAUGGCAGCGGCGGGGACUCCCCCACCCGGCCUAUCGACCCCACGCAGCUUAAUUUCCAGCAGAACGGGGUGGCGUCGUCCCCUGUGGACAGCAAGGAGUAUGACGUGAUCCACAUAUCAGAGAUGGACAAUGGCAAGAGUGAGGGAGCGUAUGCCACUGACUCCGAGAACGAGGAUGACGAGGAGAAGGAGCAGAAGGAGGUGUGGCAGCGGACGGCGAUGUUCUUGGAGUAUGACCCUGAGGAGGAUGAGCUGGAGCUGGAGAUGGGCUUCGUCGACCCGUCCAACCCUCCCAUCCCUGGCUGCAACCUCUACUAUAUGCAGUGGAGGACUCGCAGGUUUGUGGAGCACUUCAUCGUGAGGCUGCUGACUGCCUUGCUCAUCCUGGUGGACAUGGUGCUGCUCAUUGUGGAUCUGUUCAACACUCCCACCUCGGAUGAUCCUCUCGAGUAUUGCUCCCUUGCCCUCUCCACUUACUUCAUGAUUGAGGUCAUCUUGAGGAUCUUUGGUCUUGGACCAAAACACUUCUUCCGUGCCUGGUACAACGCCCUGGACUGCUUCCUGGUGGUGUUCACUUUCAUCCUGUCUGUGGUGACGGUGUGUGUGGAGAACAUGUCAUCCAAUCCUGCAGGACUUCUCGUUGCGCUGCGUUUGAUUCGCUUGGUAAGAAUCACCAGGAUCCUGUGGGAGCGGCAGCACCUCCAACGCGGCGCUCGCCAGUUCGUGUCGCAGAACAAGAGACGCUAUCAGCAGCACGGGUUUGACCUCGACCUCACUUACGUCACACCAAGAGUCAUCGCCAUGUCCUUCCCCUCCACUGGCAGGAUGUCCAUGUACAGGAAUGACAUCAAGGACGUGGCGCGUUUCAUGGACACGCAGCACCCCGGCCACUACCGUCUGUACAACCUGUGCUCGGAGCGCCACUAUGACGUGUCUCUCUUCCACGACAGAGUGGAGCGCUAUAUGAUUGACGACCACAAUGUGCCUCCCGUUGUAGACAUGCUGAAGUUCAGCAGCAGUGUGCGAGACUGGAUGAACCAGGAUGAGAAGAAUGUGAUUGCCGUGCACUGCAAGGGAGGUAAAGGGCGCACUGGUACCAUGAUUUGUGUCUUCCUCAUUGAUCUCGGGAAAUUCAAAGAUGCCGAGCACUGCUUGGGCUUCUUUGGGGACAGACGCACUGAUAAAAAUGUUGCCUCCAAAUUCCAGGGUGUGGAAACUCCAAGCCAGAGUCGCUACGUUGGCUACUAUGAACAAGUGGUGCGGGCGGGCAGGGUGGUGCCGCCGGAAAAGCCCAUGAUAGUCACCCGGAUCACACUGAGAGGCAUGCACUCUGUCGGAGUGGGCGACGGCUCUGAGUUCUUCUUCACUCUGCAGAGCCGUUGCCACUCCAUUCCCUUCCAGGCCAACCUUGGCACUCAGAAGAACUGCAAGGUGAUGGUUGAGAAGAUCCAUGGGUUGGUGCACAUCCAGCUCCUGAACACACCAGUGGUCCGUGGAGACACUCGAAUCAUGUUCUUUACAGAUAGUAGGAAGAUUCCCAAAGGUUAUGAGAAGAGUCCUUUCUUCUUUUGGUUCCACACUGGCUUCAUUGUGGACGGAAAACUUGAGCUGAGCCGCAAUGAGCUGGACAAUCCUCACAAGAGCAAGACCUGGCAUGUGUUCCAGGAGGACUUUGGCGUGACGGUGCAUCUGGAGGAGGAUGCCAUAACUCGGGCCUACUGAGGGUGUUGGUCUUCACCGGCAAGGCGACACCAGCUGAUAGAUGGUGUUGACAAAACUCUUCAACAUCUUUUAGAAAUGCGGAAAAGUCCAUUAAUCUGAAUACCGGUAAUUUUAAUUUCACUAUAGUCAGAAUUUUUUAAAUUGAUGUGGAAAAAAAAAAAAACAUAAUUGAUAGCCAAAAUUAGGUCUAUGCACAAAUUCAAAGCAGACGCCAGAAGGUGAAGGGUGGAAAUACCUAGAUGCAACUACUGACGCUCCCUUUCCUAACACCGGUGUGGUCCAUGGAACGUCACCUGCCUCCCCUCUCCCCCCCCCGCACCCUUCGUCGCAUCUUGUCCCCUCUCCAAUCAGUUGUUGCACUCCAGAGCGUACAAGAAUGGCUGCUCACAACAGACUGGCUUCUUUCUUCACAACAGAGGAAGUAAUUGCUGGCGACCCUGUACUAGACGCCCUAGACAUUAUUUAUAGAAGAAAUUAAGCUUUAAGUAGACAAGAGGAGGAGAGAGGGUAAGAAAAGCAUUAAGAUCCUGUGAGAGCUUUGUUUAUUAACAUUGACCUCCCCCGUCACCACCGCGGAGGUACGCCUAUCACCUCUCCCGCUGCGUCAUGCACUCUUCUGCUAUGAAGAGAGCAGCCAGUCUCCUGUGGGCGGCUAUUUUUGUACGGUCCAGACUGCACGACUCUCCCAAGCGAAGGAGGGGCAGGAUGGGGGGAAGGAGGAAGGGUAAUGUCCCGUGGAACACACUCGCAUGUCCUUGUUUUUUUUUGUUUUGUUUUUAUUACUUACAACUUCACUACUUAUGCACAGUGUUUCCAGGGACACAUCCUGAUAAUCCAACCAGACCGAUUAUCUAAAGUGUUCCUGGUCCUCCGCUCAUCGGAUUAAUGGACUUUUAUUUUUAUUAUUAUAAGUUUUUUGUACAAAGCAAAGUAACAUGAUUCAUGGUACCAUUGUAAUUAAGGAAUGUACAUACCUGUGCAGUCUUGCAGAAUAUGAUUUGCCCGGUGUUACAGAAUGACGCGUGCAUUGCAAGCUGCAGCUCAGGUGGUGCGCAGCGCCGUGCAUGUUGAGUUCCUGUAUAUAAUUAAUUCAUCUCAGAACACCAUCGCUUGCCCUCAUCACUGUCUCAGGUUUUAACCAACAUCCAUUUUGAUACAUCACAGACCUUCACUUUCACACCUACACGUGCACAGUGCUAUUUAUAGUUACUAGUGAAUCCAGCAAUGCUUACACAUACAUACAUGGCAAAGUGCUCGCUGUUCGCAGACGAGGCAGAGGUCAGGCACGGCAGGUGACGGGAGAACUCUUUGAGAAGCUCUUUGUUAUUACUGUUUGCGUCUUCACGGACACUUAUUGCCUCAACACACACACACACACACACACACACACACACACACACACACACACACACACACACACACACACACACACACCAUUCAUUGCCUCAAUACAUACAGAUACAAUUUUUUGAUUUUGCAGAUAAAAAAAAAAAAGAAACUUCAUCUUAUUCUCACAUUCCAUCAGUUUCAGAUCACUUCAACACAGAAUAACGUCACGGCUUCUGAUGAUUGCGAUGAUUCUUGAUCAAUGAAGUCAUCAUUACGAAUCUUUCCUUUCUUCUAGUGGACAUUGGGGUUACUCUAUCAAACUUUUGGCCCAUGUAGGCGUCUCCUCCAGAUCGCUCAGUAAGAUGUUAUCAAUUUUAUAUAUACGUGAUGUAAUUUUUAAGUGAUUUAGUCUAAUCUUUAAUAAUUUUCCUUUAUUUAUUUACCUAUUUUUUAAUCUUCAUUCAUCAUGUAUCAACAAUGAAAAAAGCAAGAAUGGAAGUAGUAUUGUAUGAAACUCGAUUAUACCAAAGCGUUGUGUUUGUUGUGACUUCCACCUUAAAAUGUUACGAAAAUGUUACUUAAUUAAGUGAAAUUGUUGUGAAAACGUUACUCUGGUGAAAUUGUUACGACAUGUUACCUUGGAUGGAAUUAUUGUGCAAAUGUUACCCUGGUGACACUGUUUUGAAAAUAGUUCCUUGGUGAAUAUUGUGAAAGUGUUACCUGUGCAAGAGUGUUAUGAGAAGGUUACCUUGGUGAGUAGAACACAACACCGUGGACAUUGCUGCUUCAUCUCGUAGUGUUUGCUGUCAUGACCUGCACCAGUUUGUCUCUCAGGAAUAGUAUUGUUAUUCUUUACAUGAGCAUAUCAGUUGUGUACCAAAUAUUUAUGGUAUUCCUUGCACAUUAUUAUGUUUAACCCCUUCAGUACCGGGACGCAUUUUUUGCCUUUUAAGUUUUGGGUGUGAUUAGACGAUUUUAUUGACAUUAGGAAACAUCUUUGGAGGUCAGAAGAUUAAUGGCCAGAGUCUUCACUAUUUUAAUCCCCACAUAAGUUUCUGAAGCUGUGUAAAAUCACCAAAUAGUCACCAGAAUGAAUAUGAAAGUGUGCCCUAGUAUUGAUGUGGUUAAGAUACGAAACGUUCUUUGUGGUUGUGAGUUGGUAUGUACAUACAACUCUGUCUAACAGUCAUUGCUAUUGUUGUUUAUCUCAGCAUGUUGUCAGCUUUUAGUCAUCGUGUUUUAUCGCGGCAAAAUUAUUUGAGUAAUUUUCUGUACUUCACCCACAGGUUUUUUUUUUUUUUUUUUUUUUAAGUCGUCUUCAACAAAGCAAGUCACACUAUGUUAGAUUAGGAAUAUUCUACAGCAAGUACUCAUCUUCAGUUCAAUAAAUCAUUAUGUUUACUAGAUACAGAAUAUUGAAGUGAGUCCGGCACAACAAGUCUGGAUCAUUUCAUUAUGUUUGUUGCUUCCAGAAUACUGAAGUCAGUCUGGUUUACUGAGUGUGUAUCAUUGUGUUGUUAUUCUGUGGCUUGCAGUGAGUUAAAGUAGAAGACAUUCCCGCUAUGUACACUACUCAAUAUACAGAAGGUGUCGCUAUCUUUGUCACUUUCACACAAGACUAUUGUUAACUCAGUAAUGAAGAAAAUCUGUGACCACACUGUGUGAGUAUUGUAUUUCUUAUUCUUACCUAAUGUUCUGAUGUUUUUACUGUAAAAUGUGUAUGUACUUAUUAUGGAGGUACAGCUGAUGCAUUUAAUUUACGAGUGUGCUAACAAUUAUUGAGGUUUGCAAGACAUUAAUGUAGAGAGAAGGAAGUUGAAGUCUUUAAAAUUUCACAAUAUUACUCUCAUCUUAUUUCCGUUGUGUUAUUCUGUUUUGUGUACGUGUUUACCAUAGAGGUGCAGCCAGUGGAGUGAAUUUUGAGGGAGUUAUUGAGGUUUAGAGGACAAUGGUGAGACUUAAGGGAGUUGAAGUCUUUUUAAUCUCCUCUCGGUAUUACACUUAUCUUUGUACAUACAGUAGAAUAUUGCACAAGUUUUAAUUUUGCUUUAUGUAUUGUGGAGAAGUGAUGAACUUGAUUUUUAAGAGUCUGGAGGAAGUUGUUAAGGUGUGAAAGACAUUAGUGAGAAGAGAGUUGGUCUUUUUAAAUCUCUCUACAUUUCAGUACUCGUCUUUGUACUUACACUAUAUUCCAUACAUUUUUAAUACUGUGCUGCUUGUACAUAUCACACUCAUGUAUUCAAUGUUCUGUCUCCGCCCCAUACAUUUAGUUAAGACCAGAACUUGUGCCUUGUAAUCAUCUCAGUGCUACUUCACAAAAAAGGAAAUGCAGAAGGCAAGAUCAUAUUGUAUUGUGUAGGCAUCUCGAUCAAAGCUCCUUCACUACACCACAUGUAGAAAAAUAUCUUUGUUCAUUGCUAGAAAAAAAUAAAUAAAAAUUGUAGCAAGUAUGUUACAAGAUCAACUUUCAAAUACUGAACAGAAAACUGAGAUCUGUGUUAAACUUACCCUUGUUGAUUACUGUGAUGGAAAUGAUGAUCAGGAAGGUACUGGUGCAAAAAAAGAACAGGUUUCAGGUGUGUUUUGAGCAGAGAGAAGGAAUUAUGUAUGUCAUAAGAAAUUAAGAGAAAAAUACUUGAAAAAAUUACAUUAUAGAUAAGACGAGACUUGAAUAAAUGGAACACUUGCAAGGGCUACAGCAUGAUCGGCCUCACGCUGUCCUCAUUUCGGCAACCAAAAAAAUAUGGCGGUUUGUUCUAAGUUGGAAAAGAAGAGUAUGUAUGUCUGAUAAAAAAGAAAAAAAAAAACUAAUAAAAAAAUAAGUAAAAAAAAUGAAAAAUUACAUUAUAAUUAAGAGUAAGGAUAAAUGAAUUGAAAACUUGCAAAUAUUACCUCAUGACCUCACACCACCCUCAUGACGAGUGCACCCCCGACCCUGUGCCAUUAAUCUGUCCCAGCACGAGCACCGGGAAGGUAAUUUAUUGUUUGCUGUGAAGAUAAACAGUGAUACACCCCUGGCCCCUAGUUGGAAUCUAACUUUAGUGCGAGGGUAUGAGAGUCACCUCAGCUCACACACAUUAAAAGAAGAGGCACAAGAACUCCUCUACCAUUACUGUACAAGUGAAAGAAAGAACACAUGGGGAGCAGAAUGACUCAUGAGCUGUAAUACAUAGGAAAUAGAGGAAAAAGUGACUGUUUUGAAUGUCCCUAUGAUCAAAGCUUUGUUGUUGAUGAGAGAUUGAAAUGAUCUUCACAUCUAGUAUUAUACUGCUGUUAUCACUUUCUUGCCUGCAUGUUGGAAAUAGGGAAGGUAGCGCAUCUACUUCCUGCGUGGCUGCGGCUGUGGCAUUGCAGAGGAAGCUUUCUGCGUGUGAGGAUCAUGGGUGCUUGUCAAUUGUCAUGAUAUUGUAUCUAUAGGUGUUAUCACAGCUAUGAACAAAUAUGUAUAGAUAUGAUUGAGUAUUGAGGAAAAAUGUAUGUCAAUCGCACACACAUAAACAAACACACACACACACACACACACACACACACACACACACACACACACACACACACACACACACACUGUGAUAUACAUUGUGUAUAUAUGUGAAAUCACUUCAUGAAAAGAGUGUGUGACUUCACUGAAUAAUGCUGCCUUGUGAUAUCCUCUAUUUGAACAUUGUGCUUUCAGGGUAACAGAUCGCAUCUUGAUGUUUUGCAAUAAUAGUUCUUGAUUAAGAGUGUAAGGGAAUUGUGUCUAAACACAAGGUCCAUCUCACUCAUAAGAGUACUUUAUAUGUGACAGUUUGUGCAGUAAUGCGAUAUCUUGAGAGAAGGAACAAAAACACAGAGAUCCGCUGUGUGGUGUGAUGGUCUGUUGUUUGAAAUAUCAAAACUGAAAUACUCUACAUCAUUAUCAUGGUGGCUCUUUUCUGAAGAGAAACAUUUUAUUGUUAAUUAUAAGUUUGCAGGGCUGCUGGAGAGAUCCUUGUUAUGCUACUCACUUGUCCCCACUCUGCCGCUCUUACUGAGAACUGCAGCACGUGUUGCUGUGCACCUUGUCACCACAACCUGAAGACGGCAGCAGCCAUCAUUUCAGUCAGAACAGGGAGGCUAUGGACACAGAGGCAACUCAGAUCCAGGCAACCACGCUAGCCUCUCCUUGCAGUCUCCAAACACCACACACUCCCCUGCUGUAAGUGGGAAGGCAGGUGUCCAAGCGUGCAGAAAUUUUGCACUUGUUACUGAGAUAAAGCUGUGAAAUAAACCUGUUUGUAAAUUAGUGAUUAAUUUAAAAUUACAAACUUCACAAACUAAUUAUUUGUAACUUUGUAAAUUGUCUAAUACGAUGCCUCAACGAUUCUUUUGAAUUAUAUAAGUGCCUAAAAAUAAUUCACACUUGCAUUUUUACAUAUAGCCAUGUGUGACGGUGAGUGAUCACUGAUGUGUGUGUGUGUGUAUAGGUACAUUACGUGUGUACAAUUCAUUGUAGAGUGUUUGUAUGGCAGAGGUAAAUGAUGAGGACGUGACUCAACAUUACUGCACUUCAUGGACAUGUUUGCACCUCAGAAGCUUAUGCUGGAAUGCAAAGUGAAUAAACUAUUUUUGUGGUCCCAA